GAUUGAACGCGCUUAAUCGGAGAAGCGAAGUGCUGAACUAGCCGAUGAUGGAACUGGUGUGGCUGGUCGAAGGGAUCGUGAUGUUAGCGGCCGCAGGGCUGGUUCUGAUUGCUGUCAUCAUAACUUUCCUGCAUAUAACUGCAGGAGAGUUGCCAAAAAUUUAUGAAUCCGAGGAUGAGAAGUUCUUUCUGAAUGAUAAGAAGGAAUCUGUGCCUAGCCUUCGUGACCCUGCAACACGUGAACUUUCUGUAGUAGUACCUUCAUAUAAUGAGGAAGAACGGUUACCAUCGAUGAUGAAUGAAGCUCUAGAUUAUCUAGAGAGGAGACAGAAGCAAGAUCCUUCAUUCACAUAUGAGGUCAUAGUGGUUGAUGAUGGCAGCAGGGAUCAAACCAAAAAGGUUGCACUGAGUUACGUUAAGAAGUAUGGUAGUGACAAAGUGAGAGUGCUCGCUCGGGUGAGGAAUCGUGGAAAGGGGGCAGCUGUCAGAAUGGGUGUAUUCAGUUCACGAGGGAAAAGGAUAUUGAUGGCAGAUGCUGAUGGAGCUACAAAAUUUAAAGAUAUUGAAAAAGUAGAAAAAGGUCUUGAGAGUCUCCAACCCUGGCCUGAGAUGAUGGCUAUUGCAUGUGGCUCUCGUGCUCACAUGGAGAAAGAUUCCAUAGCACAGCGUUCAUUCUUCCGAACCUUUCUAAUGUAUGGAUUCCACUUUCUGGUCAGGUUCCUUUGUGUCAAGGAUAUCAGAGACACACAGUGUGGUUUUAAACUCUUGACCCGGGAGGCUGCUUCUCAGACAUUUUCAUCUCUUCAUAUAGAACGUUGGGCUUUUGAUGCGGAACUUCUUUACAUAGCUCAGUGCUUUAAAAUACCAAUAGUAGAGAUUGCUGUCAACUGGACAGAAAUUGAAGGUUCUAAGUUGGUUCCCUUCUGGAGUUGGUUGCAGAUGGGCAGGGACCUGCUUUUUAUACGACUACGAUACCUGACAGGUGCUUGGAGACUUGAAACCAGAAAAUUGAAAUAAUUUAUUCUUCCCCAAAGGAUUGUUUUGAUAAAAAAAUUAUUGUGAUUUUUUUUUCAACAGUAUAAAUUAAGGGGGAAAGGUAUCAUUCAUUACUUUCUUUUGAAAUUGUUUUCUAUGAAUUUUCUUCAGUGGCCAAAAAUAUAGCUGUCUUUCAGCCUUUUUCCUUUCAA